UUGUUUUUGUUUAUCAUAAAAGUAAUUAUUUUUCAUAACGAUGACAACAAUUAUUAUUAAGAAGCAUAUUUUUACUCUCCUCGAGAAGAAAACUUUUUUGGAUAUUUUGAAAAGAUACUCCUCGGUGAUAGAGAAUAAGGAUACCGAUGGCGCUUCAUUACGCGCAAAAAAUGAAGCUUGGGAUAUUGUAACCAGAGAAUACAACGCAAGCCCUCAUGCCACUAAUCAGGUUACUAAUAAACAACUGAGGAGAUUGUGGAUGAACCUCAAGCAGCGGCAAAGGGAAGCAGAACGUCAACAUCGGCUAGCUACUGGAGGGGGGCCUGCAACCAGUGAUGCAGUUGUAGACCCAGAUGUGUCUGAGGUGGCCCCAGCUCUAAUAGUUGGUAUUGAUGAUGCUGUUGACUCUGAAACAAUUCCAGUAACCGCUGACCUUGCCGUCCAAGAAGUAAAUAUGGAUUCGCAGCCUGUCUCUUAUCUUGCACCACUUGCUGCCCCAACCCGGACAACAUUGACACCACCUCCACCUGGAGUAGGUCCACUACUGUCUCUGUCUAUAUCUACCCCACUACCAGCUCUCCCCACAGCCACUCCACCACCACCUCCUCUUCCUCCAUCCACUCCACCACCACGUCUUCCAACCCCACCUCUUAUUAACCCAUCAAAUACAGCCACCCAAACUUUUCAAAGGCAUAAGAGUUCUAUUCUGGAUAAGGAAUAUAAAGACAGACAGAGACGGGCUAACGAGAUUCAUGACUUGGAGGUUUUAUUAUUAAGAGAAAGAAUAAGAGAAGCAAAGGCGAAAGCAGACCUCGCAGAACUUCAACUGCAGCAGCAGUGUUCCUCAGGUACAUCAGUAUUACCUACUUGCUCAUCAUAUUAUUUUAAAAACUAGUAUAGCUUAGUUAAGUCCUGGGAUAAUUAAUAAAACAUUUUUCAUCUAAUUUGUUUCAGAUAGUGCAACUGAUGGCAGAAGAGAGGAUGUGGCAUAAUAUAAUAAAUGGAAUAUUGUUAAUUUAUGAAAUAAAAGCA